AGUUGAGUAAGCGGCAGAUGCGAGUUAGUUCCAUCUUACCGGUAUUCGGUGGGUCCUUCUGUUGUAUAUAUUUACUACUUAUAAUAAAGACACUUUGGAUGUAUUAUUUAUCUGCAGCAUAAAAUUUGUACAUCUCUUCCAUCAUUGAUCUCAAUUUAUUAUAUCUAGUUUACAUAGAAUUUGAGUAAUUUUUCUGUUGACCAAAUUCACCUCCAUCUAUAUCAUUUUAAGUCCGUAGGGAGAGGAUCUCUAUCCUUUCGAAGAAUACUGUUGACGAUCGUGAUUCAACAAACUGGUUCAAGGUCUAAUCGUCUCGUUCUCCCUAUUUUGGGCAAAAUUUGAAGUUCCCCCAAAGUCGUAAGAAGUUUUCUAGUUUUCCUAAAAGUAUGGGUAAAUUUUGUUGAAAAUCCAAAACUUCCUCAAACAUUUCAGGGAUCUCUCUAGGCCUGGAGAGAUUUUUGGGCUAUUGUGCUGUUUCUGCAAAGUUUUGUGUUGUGGCUUCCUCAAAAUUUGCCCGAAACGGACUACAUUGUCCUCGAGUUAGAAAAAUUGAAAUAGGAAAUAAGAUAUAUUAGGAGGAGUUUCACUCUAAUACAAUGUCAGAGGAUAGUGAUUUUAAAGUUUUGGAUUAUUUGCAUAUACAACUGAAGCCUGGAUGGACUAAAAAGGGAAUAACUGAAUUUCUGAAAGAAGCAGAAAAGCGCGAAAUCUUGUACACAAGAGCCCGUAGAGAUGAUAUGGAGAAAGCAAUCGCUCAGUUUAGAAGUUCUGCUUUGAACUUCAUCGCCAGACUACCGAGUGAGAUACGAAGUAAACCUUACUUUGAUUGUAUCAACCAGUAUAAUAAGGAUACAGGAGCGAAUUUACUUGACCAGUUGGUGUCUGAGGUAAAAAAGCGUAGUCGACUAGAAUGGGAAGAUUCUGUAAAGACUCGUACCGGAAAAAGACCAUGUAGAGGACAUACUACAAGUAAUUGUCGAAGUGCAAAGACAUCUCAAGCAUCCAAUAAUCCGCAGUUGUCACAAUGGCCAUCUAUGCCCUUUAUUUCUGAAGAUGGAGAGUUAACAAACGUUAAUGGUGUCGAUCAAGUUCCAACUCUAAAUGCUUCUCAGAUGAAAGGUGGUGGUGGUGGUGGAAAACGGUUACCAAUUGCUUCCACACCAAAAGUUACUGAACUUGAAGGAUUCAUUCCUCCAUCUACUACUUAUCGAGUAACUCGAUCACGUGCGAUCAAUAACCAAGGUUCAAGUACAUGUAAAAUGAAUACAACUCGUGUAACUAACACAAAUACAAAUCAUUAUACAACAACUAAUGAUACUUUAACCACUAUGGAUAAAACUUUACGACCUAAUUCUACACAAAAAUUGUCCAAAGACAUGAGAGAUAAAUUAUUAUCGAAGAUUGAUCGUAACAAUAUACAAUUAUCAUCACCGGAAGCACAGCAUCUACGUAAUCUUAUUGUAACACUUCAAGAUGUUUUAGACCGUCAUACUCAGUCAAGAAGGAAAUGAAGAAGCAAGUCGAUGCGUGAUGCAAACUUCUGUCUCUGUUUUAUAACUUUGUACAAUCAAUUACUUGUCCAGAUUUCAUAAGUGUAAAAAAAUAUGAUAAUUUAGUUGUUUUAA